UACAGUUGUGACGAGCCUUGCAUGUAACAGCAACACGCAUGGCUCUAAUCGCUCCAUGCCUUUACUUCCUGGAGUUCAGUUUUCAUUUUGUUUCUCAUUUGCAAGCAUGCGUCCAUGUUACUCGCAGUCAAUUGAACUGUUCAAUCACUUUCAUAAGAUGCCCACAGUCUUGCCGAAAAGAUUGUACACAGCUGAAAGUGGCGAGGCCGAUGCGAAAAGCCUGAAAGAAGCAAUGAAAGGAUUAGUGGCAGACGAGAAAAUUGUCAUCAGUAUUCUUGCAAAUAGAUCCUGCGAGCAGCGUCUGGAGAUAGCUGCAAUUUUUUUCUCUAUUUAUUCAAAAAAUCUGGUUGACGAGCUGAAGAGCUCUUUCAUUUCAAACGAUUUUGUGAAUACAACUGUCGCCCUGCUGGCACCAUUGGAAAAAUUCUACGUUAGAGAGUUGAAGUACGCGCUCACCGCAAGCUUUGGCAACCACAAGGAGACGCUGUGUGAGAUCCUGUGUUCGCUCGAUAUGAACUCACUGUUGUUAGUCAAAACCUGCUACUUGGAAUCGUUCGAAACAAAGUUGGAGGCAGACAUCAUAGAGAAGAAAUUUCCAGACGCUUUUGAACAAUUUCUAUUGAAAAUAUGUGGCUGCCAGAGAGGUGAAAAUGCAACAUUAGAAGAAAUUCAAAUAGAAGAGGACGUUGAUGCAAUUUAUGAAGCUUGCAACCAUACAGACGCAGCAUCAUUAGAUGGUAGCAUUAACUUCAUAACCAACAUCCUAACUCGACGUAGUUUAAAUCAUCUCAGGCAUAUUUUUGACUUAUUCUACUUACUCCAUGGUGACAUGAGGAAAGUAAUCAAGGACUCCUUUCCUUCACCAAUUAAAGAGGCUUUUUACGCAAUGAUCACUUUUGCGUCUGACUCUGAUGGUUUUUUUGCUGAGCGUCUCUACAACAGCAUGAGUGGCUUUGGCACCAGAGAUCGUGACCUGAUCAGACUAGUUGUCUCACGAGCGGAGAUCGACCUGGGAGAUAUCAAAGUCGCAUUUUUGCACAUGUAUGGCAAGACUUUAGAGUCGUUCAUAGAGGGUGACUGUUCCGGCGAUUACAAGAGAAUUCUCCUGGCAUUGAUAACACCCUCAAUUUUGAAAACCACAUAAUAUUUUUCAAAUGUCAAAUAUCAUUCACAAAAUAUAAUUUGGUUGUGAUGUAUUGUUGUAAACUUUUUAAAAUAAGCCACACCGCAGAUGUUUCUAGCUUUUUAUCAGAAAAUAUUAACUAGAUUUUCCUUAUGGUAAAAAUAUGUUCACAUUUAAUAUUCUACAAUAAAACGAAAACAAGGUAAA